UCGUUGCCUAAUCGACGAUACCUCGGAGGAGGGAUCCUCACGAGGGGGAGAAGAAGUAGGGGCCAUAGGGCGGAGUGCACACGGGACGGUGGUACGCGAGUUACCCAGCUUCGGAACACCUGCACGAUGACAGGGCCUACUGCUGCUUGUCUGGAAUUAUCUGGGCGCUUGCGCGUUGUUACAAUGGUUGUGGUUGUGCCUCUAGGGCUCCCAUGAUCCGGCUUAUAAAGGCGCACGGAUCUAGGGUUUACAUGGAGAGUCCUAGCCGGAAUACAAGUUGCCUAACUACGGUACAAUAUCUUGCCGUGUACGUCAAGGAUCCGCCUUCCUUAUGGUCGUGCUGGAUCCGGAUACUUUAUGGGCCUCCACGGAUCCGGCCUCCUUCGUAGGUCGGUUGGGAUCCGGCUCCAUGUUCCUGGGCUGGACUUCAUCCUUCACGAUCAACAGCAACUGGGCCGCCCGAUGGGCCCCAUGCCACCAUCACCGUCUGUGGGCCACCCAGGCUUGCCGGAUCUAGGCCAUGUCGUUGAUAUACCCAUAAAGUAUACCCACAACAGUAGCCCCCGAAGUUCUCCGAGAUUCAACAUUCUUCCGUCUUCAUACAACUCGGAACCGAAGAGAAUCUUGAAGAGCUUCCAAACUUUCUUGCUUCCGAUAUCAUUUACUCGGAAAUUCACAUGUCCUUCAGUAACGAUAAUGUAACGGAGUUUGCACCUUUCCCGCGCACAACUUCCUAUUUUCCCGCGCUAAAUUUUCGGAGAUGCGAAUCUUUAGCCGGAAAUUUCGGGAGCGCACGGUUAAGUUACCUCCACGUCAUUUUACCGCUUUUAACCUAAGACACGUGUCAUGCAUCCAACGGUGAGACUGUUCAGUUUCCGCCGUAGGAUCCGAAAUGCGAAUCUCCGCGCGAGGUCUAUAAAUACCCCCACGCGCCGUAACUCCUCAUUCUUUUCACCUCAUCACCACUUCGUCUUCCUCCUCGCGCCGCGACGCCCGUCAGAUCUCAACUCCGGCGAGCUCCGCCACAGAGAACUUCGCGCCAGGUCGCUCCAAGCUUCCCCUCGUUCCAAGAUCGUUGCGGUUGAUCGGGAAAUCACCCCCGCCGCCGAUUCGUGGUCACGCGGGUCGUUUCUCAGCAAGUUCGGCGACCUUCAUCCUCGCCGGAGCAUCGCCGGUUCGCCGCGCCAUUGAUGGUACGUGCACCGGACUUGUAGAAGAAGAAGUAGAGUAGAGUAGUUUCCGGUUACUCAAACACUUUGCAUGGGUGCAGCCGGAAGCAUGCCAAUCGACUCACACUAUACUGGUAGUUCUCCGAAUAGCCCGGAUCCCAGUUCAUUAGAGCCAAUCUGUCCGGAUCCCAUAGCAUAUCUACCACCAUAUGUUUCCGACAUCCGGCUAGCUCAACCUUUUUCCGCAUCUUCCAGCACCAAGCUAGGCCGGAUCCCAACCGCUCAAGAACUUGAAGAAGAACUCCAAGGGCAAGCUAGAAUGGCAGCCAAGGUUCAGGAGACGGAAAACAAGAAAGCCUCCAAGGCUCGGUUCCGCGAAGGAGAGCGGGGUCAAUGGUGGCCCUGCAAAACCACUGAUACGGAGCUUAGAGAGCUUCAAAACGAGGGAUGAUCUCCGCUCAUUGGAGCUUCAUACGCGACACCGUCGUCCCCAAGCCUGGAGCCGGAGAAGUGGUCAUGACCAAAGCUUGGGUGGAACGCGGAUUAUCGCUCCCCUGCUCGGAAUUCUUUCUCUCCGUCCUCAAUACGUACGGGCUUCAGCCCCACAACAUCUGCCCCAACUCGUAUCUUCUGCUCUCCAACUUCGCGACUCUUUGCGAAGGGCAUCUCGGAAUCCGACCAGAUGUCAAGCUAUGGCAGUUUUUCUUCCGAGUGAAGAAGGAAACAAAGGACAAAGCCAUGUUGAACUGCGGGAGCAUGACGUUCAUGCUCCGACCUGGCCGCAUGUAUCCUCCUCAUGACUCGCACGAAUCCGUCCGGUACUGGAACGCCGGAUGGUUUUACGAGAAGAAUGUUACAGUUCCUGAGAUCCACGACGGUCUCCCCAAAUUCAACAACGAGCCUCCGGAAGAACUUGCAAGCUGGAGCUUCAUCACAUCGCUUUCCCUAACUCCCAUCUUGGAGAAAGCAGCGCGGAGAAUCUCCUGGCUAGUCCAGGACGGGCUAACCGGAAUCCAGCUCACACUUAGCUGGUUCACCCGGCGGAUCCAGCCGCUGCGGUAUAAUGCGCGGUUAAUCUGCGCAUACACCGGGGCGGACGACCAGCUCCGAGCUACCCGCCACGACCUUCCGGCUGAUUCUCUCAAGAGGAGAUUCAAGACGCACGUGAAGAUAGGCCGGGGUCAACCGAUCCCGGAAUUGAUCAAGGAUAUUUACACAAACGACCAGUGUCCUCCGCUCGCUACUUUGGCGGAGGAAAACUUGCGCACCAUACUUCGUGUCCCCGUCAGCGGCGACACGGCGGAGGAGGUUCCGGAUGACGACGAGGAGGAAGAGGAGCAAGCUUCCCGAAAGGCAGCCCCCCUACCUUCGAAGCGUCCCCGCGCCAAAGCUUCCGGCUCUGAUGCCGGAGCCAGCGGCGAGGCCUCCGCCAAGAAGCCCAAGAUCAUCAAGCCCCCUCCGCUAGACUCAAGGAAAGCGGAGCGGGAACGUUUGAAAAUGCUUUCCACAGCUGGCAAACGCUCGCGUCCCAUCAUCCCCGGCGCCCCGUAAGUUUCCGAGUAUGGCACGUAUUUACUUUGAUGCAAUUGUUACUUAUGCGAUCUUCUUUUAUUUGUUCGCAGGACUCCGACUACCGCUGCCACUCGGACCACCAGCCAAGAGCCCAUCACAAAGUAUAUGAAAAAGUCUCCGGCUGUUGGUCCUACAACUCCAGCUCCGCCAAGCGCUUCCCACACUGCUCCACCGCCAUCUCCUCCUCAGGCGGAACAAUCUCCCCCUCCUGCCGCAAACACUCCACCGGAAAUAAUUCCGGUCAGCAGCGAAAAGGUGGGCGGAGAAGAUCCUAAGGCCAAAGGCCCUGCCCAAGAAGAAACAGAAGUUCAAGGCCAAGGAGAGGCUAAGGUUACUUCCUCCGAGAAGGUCGGAGCCGGUGCUGGCGACGUCGUUGUUUUUCCGAAAAACUUCGGAGAUCCGGCUGACCUCACUUCCACCCCCAAGGCAUAUGCUACAAAGUUCUUCAACAAGCUGACUGAGGCGGAGAAGUGGGAACUUGAACAAGACCUGCUCAAAGCCAUGCUGAACAAUGCCUGGGGGAAACCGGAUGCCGCGACGUCGGAAAUCCAGGAGUUUAAGAAGGAUGUCGGCCAGUUCUUCGACAAGCUUGUCUGCAAACAAAAGGUACUCCCCAGUAGCCCCCAAGCAUGUAGGCGGAAACUAGGUACUAGUUAGCGCUUAGAUGCUUUAGAGUAAAGCCACUUUUGGAAUUUUUUUUUUUAAAAUGUCGC